AUGACUCGUCUCCCAUCAAUCAAUCUGGACACGGUGAGGCCUUCCAAUGGUUUUUUGGGCCACAUACUGUCGUCGAGCAGCAACGAAAGUCCACCCUGGAACCCUCAUGACGUUUCCUCUGCUGCACAACCAACGCCAUCACAGGCUCUAGACAGCUCUUCACAUAGCCUGAGCCCAUCACCAUGUGGAGAAGAGGCUAGCCAGGUUGGAGACUAUGGCGAUGACAAGCACCUGGAGCAUUUAAAUCGGCUCGAAUCGCUCACUAAUGGACUCCCCGUCACACAUACCGCUGAGUCUAUCAUCUCAAUCGGCGCCAUAUUUUCCGAAGCGUCGGAUGCGAGUGAUCCUGGUAUCCAAGACACAACUUCUGCUGCAGGCGAAACAAUUUCGUUGCGCGCGGGGCGCCUAGCAGACCUAAUUCGAGAGAAGAGCGUAACAGCACCCCGCCCAGAACCCAGAACAUUCUACCCUAUCAAUGAUCUUUUAGAAGUUGUCACGUUGACUAGUGCACGCCAAGAGCUUAUAUGUUGUGGAGUUUCAAAUGCCGAUGGAAUACUAGACAAGAUUUUCACCCCCGAGACUGUUUCCGGCCACAAGACUCGACUUUUCAAGAUAUUCGUGAUUCUGACUUUGAUUGAGAAGAUUGCGGAAAUUCAGACCUUCAUCCAUGACGGUAUCUACGAUCUUGACUUACCUUUCGAGAAGAAACUAUCCGACGGGACCAGGAAGACCAAAAACCAGUACCUUCGGAAUCAUCAGAUACCAAGGCGAGCAGAACUUGACGACAUCAGUGUGUUCAGAGACUGGACACCCAUUGACAUCGAGAACUUCAUGGAGAAACAACAUGCAAUCUGUGUCCCGAUAUUCGAGUUCAAUACAGAGCCCAGUGCUCCAGUUUCACAUUACAACCUGCAUCCACAGACUAUCCUUCCAUACAUCGAAAACGAGGAGCACGAGAAGCGGUGUGAGGGCCGCUCUGAUGUGUGGAAAGUCAAGCUCCAUCCGGCCCAUAUCAUUUGCGAAACACUUGAUCCCAACAUGUCACUCGCGGUGAAACAGCUGAGACCUAAUGUUGGUAAACCAUUCACCGAAGAGUCAGAGAAGUUCAUGAAAGAGGCCAAAAAUCUUCGACGGUUUGCCAGCCGCAACAACGACUUCAUCAUUAAGUUACUGUGCACUUUUCAAUGGCGCGAUCGUUACUACUUCCUCUUUCCUUGGGCGGAUGGAAAUCUGUAUGAAUUUUGGAGGAUUUAUCCGGACGCGCUUGCUCAUCUGCAGAACCCUUUGACGGCUAGGUGGCUCUCUUCACAAUGCCUCGGCCUGGUCGCGGCACUCAGAGAUAUACACUACGGCGAUGCUCAUCUAAUUUCCCACAAGAAGAAACAUGGCAAACAUGGAGAUAUCAAACCUGAAAACAUUUUGUUUUUCAAGAGAGAUAGCCAAGAGGACGCGGAGGCCCCUCCGGCCUGUCGUACCCACCUCAAGAUAUCAGACCUCGGCGAAGCAGAAUUUCACUCAACGACUUCCAUGGAAGUAGACGCUUGGGGUCUGCGUCACACACCAUCAUACUGCGCGCCAGAGCUCAGAGUUAAGAAUACCUCGAUGCCGAACUACGACAUUUUCUCCCUAGCUUGUGUUUUACUAGAGUUUGUGACCUGGUACUUACGCGGGAUUAAGGAGGUCGAAAGCUUCAGGGACCGCAGACUGAAUGAGCCUGAGGCUCGAGUAUAUCCAGUUCAUUUCCCAUACGUGCUAGACAGCUUCUACAAGCAUAUCACAGUGGCGAUAAAAGAUCACCAUGGCCAAAAUCCCACCACUGGAGCCAUACACAAGAGUAGUGUUACGAGGGAGAUAGUAUCCCUUCUCGAGGAUCCGUACUGCUCAGAUUAUAUCUUGGAUCUACUAGUCUUUAUCAAAGACCACCUCCUACGUAUGAACCCGGAGGACAGAGCUAACUGUGAUACGAUCUUCGAAAAAUUCGAACAGCUCGACAAGCUAUGCAAGGAGGACGAAAUGUAUUGUGUCAAGAAGCUCAAGCAGGCCCCAGCCCGCUCGAGGACAGACACAUCGUUAAUUGUUGGUGUGGAACUCGAGCUCUCGCGGGAGGAAAGAAAAGAGAUCCUUCGAAGUCUCAGAAUUGAGAACAAUGACCAAGUCCACAUCACAAUAGAGGAAAGGGUCGUGGAGUCGCGAGACACCAUGAGAGAUGAGUCCCACCCCGAAGCGGAAAUGUGUCCCAUCAGUAAUUCCAUGACGACUUCUGAGAACACUCCAGCGACGGCUCAUCUGAAUGUUCCCAACAGAACAGACGGCCAACAGUCAUUUCAGACUAUGGCUGAAAGCAUUCGAGGCGAGGAAAAGAUUCAUAAGACUGAUGAUGGGGGUUCAGUGAGUAUAGAGACUGCUACAGGGCGAUCAAGAAGCGAGAAGGGCGCCAAAGACUGUGGUGGCCCUCGUAGAGUAAAGGACAAGACCGUGCGCUUCUUGCGGCGAAUUUUCUGUUCAUGA